ACUACAACUUCCGGUUUGUUGCAGGACAUGUUUCAUUGUAUGUACGUUUUGUUGAAAAUGAGCUCGACUGUUUCUGGUUAGUGUAAAGCGCGUUAACUCUGUAACGCUGUUUUGGUUUAGGUGCGCUCGUGUCGUAUUUGUUGUGGGACAGAGCACUGGAGCUCUAGUGAAUCCGCGUGGUUUUCAGAGAAUAAGAUCUAAAGUGUCGCCGAGAUUCUGAGGAAGAUCCCCAAGCCCCAAUUCUGGACGCUUCAUUCGGCGAGCCGUUCAUUUACGGCGGCGCGUUAAACUCAUUGGAACCGAUUGAGUUCGGCUUUAAGACGCAUUCAACUAAUCUGUCCUGCCUGCCCAGUUACCCCUGGAUCUGUCCGUCAUGAAUGGGUUUAGCACGGAAGAGGAUAGUCAUGACGGCCCGCCUGCCCCGCCGUUCUUCGGCCAGAGUUGCUGUCUGAUCGAAGACGGGGAGCGCUGUGGCCGCUCUGCUGGAAAUGCCUCCUUCAGCAAGCGAAUCCAGAAGAGCAUUUCACAGAAGAAACUCAAGCUUGAUAUCGACAAGAGUGUCCGACACUUGUACAUCUGUGACUUUCACAAGAACUUCAUCCAGAGUGUUCGCAACAAACGCAAGAGGAAGACCAGUGAUGAUGGUGGCGAAUCACCCGAUCAUGAUGUUGAAGUCCCUGAGGUGGAUUUGUUCCAGUUGCAGGUGAACACACUGAGGCGUUACAAGAGGCACUACAAAAUUCCUACAAGACCUGGAUUAAACAAAGCCCAACUUGCAGAGACAGUGAGCCGUCACUUCCGGAAUAUUCCAGUAAAUGAAAAAGAAACGCUCACAUACUUUAUUUAUAUGGUGAAGAGCAGUAAAAGCCGAAUGGAUCAGAAAACGGAUGGAAGCAAACAGGUGGAAUAAAGUUCACAGACCUUUACUGUGGACAUGUGUCUCAAAGAGGGAAAAAGUAACUAUUUAUGACGUGCAGAUUAUCAGAUUCUUGUUGGAAUACAUGCUGUAUGUAUAAAAAAGGUCUGCACAAUAUGUCUGAUUUGGUGUUACUUGCCGUGAAGUGCUUUUCAUUAUUUUUCUUUGUAGUGAAUAGCUACUUCAACUUUUGUGCCAAACCUUAAAGAAACAAAAAUAAUCCUCCUAGAGGUGAGCGAUAAGGGCACAAAACAUAUUUUUUUUCUUGUGUGUUUUUAGUGUUUAAUUAUCAUAUUUGGCCAGUGAGGCCUUGUAUGAAAGCGAGAUAACACUGAAUAACUGCUGAUUUGAUCACUCUGUGCUCUACUAAUACUAAUACAACCCUCCCAGGACAGCCUGAACAUUUACUUUGUACUGAAAUAUUUUAUGAGAGUUUGUUUCAAACCUUUUUUGCUUUGUGUACAGCAUUCAUGUCUCUGCUUUUAUAGAGUGCUUUAUACGGCUAUAUACAUAUAGCUCUCUUGCUUUAAUCUAAAAUAUAUUUCUUUUUGUAAAGUUUUCUUUAUUUCAAAUAAUAAGCCUAAAACAUUGUUUUGACUAAUAGUUUCAUGAAUUAUUAAAAAAAUAACAUUGUAAUUGGCCUUUUCAUGUGUGAAAAGUGGGGUAAGCUGUGCAAGUUUUGGUUUCAGGUCAAAGCACACUAGUCAGCAAGUAACGUUGUCCUAAAACCAAAAUGUGUACCCAUUCUUGUCAUAGGACAACUUUUUUGAUCCACUUCAAAUGUUGACUAGAAUAAUAGUUGUAAUUAAUUUCAGUUGAGAUCAGACAUACUGAAAUAUAAGUGUCUAUAAUGUAGAUGUUAUGUAAUUCUAAUGUAUAUGUAGACAAAGCUUUUAUCACUAUUAGUAAAGCCACUGGCACAACUUACCCUGAAUUAUCUGACACACUUAACCUUACCGCUACAAUUCUGAAAUUGCGUAAUAAUUUAUGGCUAGUCUUCAGCCAAAAGAUUUACAUGGUUUUAUAUGUUGACUGAUGUACUAGCAUGUAUGAUAAAUAUUUUUAGAUGUGAAUUAAAUGUUUGCUUUGGCUUAAUUUUA